UUCCACAAAGCGCCUCCCGUUAUCUCCGGUGCUGCUGCGCAAGAGCCAGAAGGGCAACUGCUACUGAUAUUCCCACUUGGCAGAAAAGUUUUCCGUUUGUUGUGAGGAUAAAAAAAGAAGCCGGAAACCGAGGAGUCGUCUGCAGAAGAAGCGGAUUGUACCACCGCGAGUUUGGCGACCACAUGAAGAUGAGAAACCAGCUUUGACGACCUACGGAUGUCCACCUUCCCCGGACCAUUCGGCUUCGGCAACACAUCCAAAACACUCUUCAAGAGGGAGGUUUUUACAGCUUAUUACCCAGGAGGAAAAACUUUAUCUUGACCAUUUCUUGUAUUUAUCAUUUGGACUGAAGUGGUCCAAACUGUGAAGCCUGUUAAGGACAGAACACCAAACGGCACUUACUUGGCAAAGAAUGAUCUGGACUGUGAUGAUCUGAUUUCAAGUGAAUUUGGCUGGAAACAGAUCUCACUUUAGUUCCACUAAAGAGAAAUGAACUGAAUUCAAGCUAAACUGAACUGACAUUGACUGACACUUUCUUCAAGAAUCCUCACCUUCCAUACAAACGGCUCUUUUCUGAGCCCCUUCCCUCAAAACGCCCAAUUCUUUAAGUCUCCAAACUAAAUUCCCUCAAUUCCUCAGACCCUUUCCAAGGGUCUCCGACAUUGUCUCACAUCUUAUUGAGGAGGAAUCAUCUCCUCCUCCUCCUAAAAUCCUUACGACCUCUCUCUUCUGUCCAAACAUGGACCUCCAUAGGGCAGCAUUCAAAAUGGAGAGCUCCUCCUACCUGCCCAAUCCCCUAGCCUCCCCAGCUCUCAUGGUCCUGGCCUCUACUGCUGAAGCCUCUCGAGAUGCCUCGAUUCCCUGCCAGCAGCCACGUCCAUUUGGCGUCCCAGUCUCUGUCGAGAAAGAUGUCCAUUUGCCAUUUAACAAUGGUUCUUACACUUUUGCAUCAAUGUACCAUCGUCAAGGUGCAGUCCCACCAGGAUUCCCUAACAGGGAUUUUCCUCCAUCCCUCCUUCACCUCCAUCAUCAGUUUGCCCCACCUAACCUGGACUGCUCGCCAAUCAGCAUGCUAAAUCACAGUGGCGUCGGCGCCUUCAGGCCUUUUGCCUCACCACCGGAAGAUCGCGACGGGGCGCCAGGUGGUUAUCAGUCUGCUUUCACCCCAGCCAAGCGCCUCAAAGGCUGCCUGGAUGCAGAGGCUUCACCUCACCUGCGGUACUCUGAUGCAGAGGGGAAAGAGUAUGACUUUGGUGGUUCCCAGAUCCCUCCUGGAGGCUCGCCGAGCAGCGCCUUGAAAGCAGUGGAGGACAGUGGGAAAAAGAUCUUCGCUGUGUCAGGCCUCCUGUCUGAUCGAGAGACUUCCUCCAGCCCUGAGGACCGCAUUGAGCGCUGUAAAAAGAAGAUGUCCCUGUAUGACAGCCAAGCUCCAAUCUGUCCCAUCUGCCAGGUGCUGCUCAGGCCCGGAGAGCUCCAGGAACACAUGGAAACAGAGAUAGAGCGGCUAGCUGCCAUAUGUCUCAGUAAGAACCCCUCACCCAAGGAUGGAGCAGCCACUCCAGGAACCCCCAAGUCACUGCUGUUGUCGGUGCACAUCAAGCGUGAGGGAGAGUCUCCCGUGGUCUCGCCCCUGUCCUCUGAAGACAUCCACCACUCCGACAGAUACCAGACAUUUUUACGAGUUCGGGCAAACAGGCAGACAAGAUUGAAUGCCCGUAUAGGGAAGAUGAAGAGGAGGAAGCCUGAGGAAGGGGGCCAGCGUGAGGGUGCCUUAGGCGAUGAUGACUCAGCCGACAUGGAUGGAGAGAACGGGCGGGGCUUUGAGGAGUAUGAGUGGGCGGGGCAGAAGAGGAUCAGAGCGACGGCUUUGUUGGAGGGAGGCUUCAGAGGAACAGGUUUUGCCACGUGUAGUAUCAAGGAGAGUGCGGCAGACAGUGACGCUGACCUCGAUGUGGACGGAGAUGACACCUUGGAGUACGGCAAGGCCCAGUACACCGAGGCCGAUAUCAUCCCCUGCUCUGGAGCUGGAGAGGACCAAGGAGAGGCCAGGGAGAGGGAGGCGCUACGGGGAGCCGUUCUCAACGGUGGGAUGCCUUCCAACAGAAUAACGCCUGAAUUCUCCAAAUGGGCCAGCGAUGAGAUGCCUUCAACGAGCAACGGAGAAAGCAGCAAGACAGACUCCAGCACUCCUUCAUCCUCCUCCUCUUCCUCAUGCGCCCCGCGCACCUGUAAAAACAGUGAGAUUGAAAAAGUAACAGAGGAGGAGUCCACAGCUACCACCAUGGAGGCUCUCAAGGCUCGAAUCAGAGAGCUGGAGAGGCAGAUACUGAGAGGAGACCGAUACAAGUGUCUCAUCUGCAUGGACUCCUACACGAUGCCGCUCACCUCCAUCCAGUGCUGGCACGUCCAUUGUGAAGAAUGCUGGCUCAGGACUCUGGGGAACAAGAAGCUGUGCCCGCAGUGCAACACCAUCACCUCACCAGGAGACCUGAGGCGUGUCUACUUGUAAAGAGCACCUACCUACCCCACCUCCAACCACCCCCACCCCCCGCCGCGUCCUCCUCCUCGUCCUUCCAUUCCUCCUCUCAUCUUGGAUUUCAUCGUCCUCCCUGUCGAUCGUCAUUCGUUUUCUGUCUCUCUUAAUGGCCUGGUUCGGCUGCUCCAGACCCUCCCAAGAGCGUACAGAGAAAAGACUGCUGUCUUUGAGACUCCACUGACUCUUUCAGGAGGUUGAAACUGGAUGAAACUGAGACUGAGCAGCACUGACUGACUCUCUGGCUGGCUGGCUGGCUGGCUGCCUGGCCACCCGCGACAAAAACUAAUUAAAACAAGGAGACCUGCAAUCCCACUGGUCAAAAGGCUUGUUUCCUCUGUACAUGUAACAUGGGGUGUCCACUGAAGGACUUGUAGUCAGUGAAGACCCCCAACACCCAGCUAGGCCCUGCUGAGACCUGGUAGCUUCAUGCAGCAGGAGCUGAAAGGAACAUCUUAAUACAGAAAAUGAAGACUUCUUUUUCCCCCCACUAGCUCUUGUUUGACAUUUCGGUGGUGCUGAACAAUUGGCUCUACCCUGAAGACUCGGUAGAAAGCUUCUUUUUGUUUUUUGUUCCCUAUUCCAUAGAGAAAACUCUUAUCUACAUGCCCCUGUUGCUUAUGAGAAUUAAAAAAGGGCCUGUCUACUAAAACUGAGCUUUCAACCAAACUGAGAAUAACCUCACAACCUUGAAAAGGAGUUUGACACUCCUCCUCCACCUCCUCUUCUUCUUCUCCUCGCGAGCCCUUCCCUUCCCCUCUCCCCUUAUUCCCCCUUUUGUGGUGUUCUAGUGAAGUAAACCAAAAGUUCCCCCCCCUCCAAGAUGCAGUGCAAGCACAUGUAAUAUAGUUCUAUGUAUGUUUACAAUGUUGGGUGUAAAUGACAUAGAGUUCACUCUCUCACUCACACACACACACACACACACACACACACACACACACAGAUGCAAACACAUGCACACAUGUUACCAUCAGCAGACACACACAGAAGUAUAUAAUAUCCAAGUCCUGUUUUUAGUUGGAAGGGUUUGGGAAUAACGUUUGGGGAAAAAAUGGCUGGAAAUAAAAGAAGCCUUCUGUAUUUUUAAAAAAAAAAGAUCAUUUGAAGAUCCGUUGAAGUUUUAUUUCACUGUACAGGAAUAAAAAAAUUUAAGUAAUAAUAAACUACUCAAGACUAGAUGGUCAAGAUUUAGCUGGUGUAAUUUUUCUGAAGAGUAUCCUGGAAGAAAAAAAAGCAAGGAAAGAUCUUUUUUUUAGUUUUAUCGAAUGGUGAGAUUCCCAUGCUGCAAAUAAGCAGAACGAUGGAACUGCUCUUUAGUUGCUACAAUGUCCAACUGAGCCUCUUUUAACCUGCACCUCUGCUUCCUCUCAUUCGGAGUAACAUCAUUCUCACAUCAUAGUCUAGAAAUGUUUUGUUUUACCCCCUACAUGUCUCAAAAGAAAGCUUUUUCCAUUGUUCCAUCAUAUUGCUAUGCUGCAAAAAGGUCCCAAAAUGGCAACCCUGAAGGGCAGGCUCUUUCUAGCUAUAACGGAUGAGGGAAUUCUCUGGAUUAGAAGGAUGGCCAAAGCUGAACUGGCAACCUCCAAAACCCGCAGCACCUCCCCCCCCCCUUUACCUUUACGGCAGCAGCAGCAACCAAGGUGGUGGUGUGCUUUGUGUUUGUAAAACUAUGUAUUCUGUGACGUCUGUAUUGUUGUAAGAAAUGCUGAAAAAAAAUGAAAAAAUAAAACUUCUCAAAUACCA